UGUUUGUCUGGGAAUUUGUUGUUGAGUCUUCUUUGCCUGCAUUCUUUUUUUUUGUAACGAAAUAAAAAUGGAAAAACUUGAGGCGUUGAAAAUUUCAUCGAUGCGUCCGCGCAGCAAUAUUCUCGAUCGCCCGCUAUCAAAAGGCAAAUCCGAGGUCUCACAGAGCAUCGUGGCGCUGCUCUUCAGCGAGAUUGUUCAAUACUCGCAGAGUCGAGUUUUCACAGUUCCCGAAUUGCAAACAAGAUUACACGAUCUGGGGCAGGAUGUGGGUACACGCAUCAUUGAUUUGUAUUUUGUGCGCGAGCGUAACUUUAAACGUGAAACGAAGCUGACACAAAUGCUGCUCUUUGUGAAGACGACGGUGUGGAAGAAUCUCUUUGGCAAGGAGGCGGAGAAAUUGGAGCAUGCCAACGAUGAUGAGCGCACCUAUUAUAUCAUUGAGAAGGAGCCACUGGUCAACACAUUCAUCAGUGUGCCCAAGGAUAAGAGCUCUCUGAAUUGUGCCAACUUUACGGCUGGCAUCGUUGAGGCCGUAUUAACCCAUUGCGGAUUUCCCUGCAAGGUGACGGCGCACUGGCACAAGGGCACCACCUACAUGGUGAAAUUCGAGGAUUUUGUUAUUGCGCGCGACAAACAAAUGGAGGAGAAAUAGCAAUAGACUUCAAAUAACUAAUAUAAAUAUCUGUAACUAUAAUUAUACACAUGCAAAUUGUACGUUAACAUA